CUCAAACUGGAGAUGGAAAUGCUGACAUUGUUAUUUCAUUCCCUGUGGAUAUUGCAAUGCAACACAGUGAGCGCCGACUCCAUCAUUCACAUUGGUGCAAUAUUUGAGGAGAACGCAGUGCGGGACGAUGAGGUGUUCCAGCUCGCCGUGUCUGACCUCAGUCUGAGCGAUGACAUCCUGCAGAGCGAGAAGAUCACACACUCUAUUAAACUCAUCGAGCCCAACAACCCUUUCCAGGCGGUGCAGGAAGCCUGCGAGCUGAUGAACCAGGGAAUACUGGCGCUGGUUACCUCGACAGGCUGCGCAUCAGCCAGCGCACUGCAGUCCCUGACGGACGCCAUGCACAUCCCUCACCUGUACAUCCAGAGGAACAGCGAGGGGUCGCCACGGACCGCCUGCCAGUUCAACCCGAGCCCUGGUGGGCAGCGCUACACUCUGGCUGCCCGUCCGCCCGUCCGCCUCAAUGACGUCAUGCUGACUCUGGUGGAGGAGCUGCGCUGGCAGAAGUUCAUCGUGUUCUACGACAUCGAGUACGAUAUUCGCGGCCUGCAGGGUUUUUUGGACCAGACAUCCCGUCAGGGUGUGGACGUGGCCUUGCAGCGAGUGGACAGGAACAUCAGCAAAGUCUUCACCAACCUCUUCACCACCAUGAGGACCGAGGAGCUGAACCGGUACAGAGACACGCUGCGCAGAGCCAUCCUGCUGCUCAGCCCCCACGGAGCGCGCACGUUCAUCCAGCAGGCGGUGGAAACAAACCUGGCCUCCAAAGACAGUCACUGGGUGUUCGUCAAUGAGGAAAUCAGCGACACAGAGAUCCAGGAGCUUACCAACAGUGCACUGGGGCGCAUGACGGUGAUCCGGCAGAUCUUCCCCUUGUGGAGGGACAGCAGCACCCGCUGUAUGAGACACAACCACCGGAUCUCCUCUCUGCUGUGUGACCCACAGGAGGGAUACCUGCAGAACCUGGAGGUGUCCAACCUCUACCUGUAUGACAGUGUGCUGAUGCUGGCCAACGCCUUCUACAGGAAGUUGGAGGACAGGAAGUGGCACAGUAUGGCCAGCCUCAACUGCAUCAGGAAGUCCACCAAGCCGUGGAAUGGAGGCUGGUCCAUGCUGGAGACCAUCCAGAAGGGCAACAUCACAGGACUGACAGGUAUGAUGGAUUUUAAGGACAGCGGCUCCAACUCUCACGUCCAGUUUGAGAUCCUCGGCUCCAGCUUCAGCGAGACCUUCGGCAAGGACAUCAAGAGGCUCGCUACGUGGGACUCAGUUCACGGACUGAACGGCAGUCUGAAGGAGAGCCGGAUAGAGAACGGGAUGCAGGGAGUGACGGUCAAAGUGGUCACUUUACUGGAGGAUCCUUUCGUCAUGGUGGCUGAGAACAUCCUGGGGCAACCCAAGAGAUAUAAAGGCUUCUCCAUCGACGUCCUGGACGCCCUCGCCAAAAUCCUGGGCUUCAAAUAUGAGAUCUACCAGGUGGCGGACAGUAAAUAUGGAUCUCAGCUUCCCAACGGCUCGUGGAACGGGAUGAUCGGUGAUCUCAUCAACAAGAGAGCCGACCUGGCGGUGUCAGCCAUCACCAUCACGCCUGAGAGAGAGAACGUGGUCGACUUCAGCAAGCGUUACCUUGACUACAGCGUCGGCAUCCUGCUGCGAAAACCCGAAGAGAAGAUUAACAUCUUCUCUCUGUUUGCACCGUUCGACCUCGCCGUCUGGGCCUGCAUCGCCGCCGCCAUCCCUGUGGUGGGAGUGCUCAUCUUCCUGCUCAACAGGCUGCAGGCACUGCGCUCCUCUACCCAGAAUGCACCGCCAGGACAGCCCCCCAACGGCAGCGUGGGGUCGGGCUCUCUGCACAGCGCCAUCUGGAUCGUUUACGGAGCGUUCGUUCAUCAAGGUGGGGAUGGUGUUGUCGGCUCCGUGGCUCUGAGGAUCGUGAUGGGCAGCUGGUGGCUCUUCACGCUCAUCGUGUGUUCGUCGUACACCGCCAACCUGGCAGCGUACCUCACUGUGUCACGCAUGGACCAUGCAAUACGGUCGUUCCAGGACUUGGCGCGGCAGAUCGACGUGGACUACGGCACGGUGAGGGAUUCAGCGGUCUACGACUACUUCAGGAACAAAGGCACCAACCCUCUGGAGCAGGACAGCACCUACGCAGAGCUGUGGAGGACCAUCAGCAAGAACAACGGCAUGGACUACUCCGUGUCCAGCCCGUCUGAGGGCAUACGCAAGGCAAAGAAGAGUCCCUACGCCUUCCUGUGGGACAUGGCGGUGCUGGAAUAUGCGGCCCUGACGGACGACGACUGCACCAUCACUGUGUCGGGAAACAGCAUGAGCAGUAAAGGCUACGGCAUCGCCAUGCAGCACGGCAGCCCGUACAGAGACCUCUUCUCUCAGAAGAUCUUGGAGCUACAGGAGAAAGGCGACCUGGAUAUCAUGAAGCAGAAGUGGUGGCCUCGCACCGGCCGCUGCGACCUCAACAGCCACGCCAGCGCGCAUCCUGACGGCCGCUCCCUCAAGCUGCACAGCUUCGCCGGCAUCUUCUGCAUCCUUGCUGCCGGCCUGCUGCUGGCCUGCCUGGUGGCCGGGCUGGAGGCUUGGUGGAACAGCAACCGCUGCCGCCAGGAGCAGCCCAAAGAGGUUACUAAGGAUUACAGACUGGCAAGGGUUUCUGGUCCAUUGACAUAUAAUGACAUUACAACUGCUUCAUCGGAGGGGAGGAGGGACAUUUGGACAGACAGAGAGAGAGGCUGGGAUGAAGCAGAAGCUAUUGAUACAGGACAAGGAGGUGAAUCUGGAACAGGUGCAUCGUCGUAUGAACAGUCUUUUGGACGAGGACUUGGCCCACAAGCAGAUCCCCGGCCCCUCUAUCGAGAUCUCUGCGCUGGACAUCGGCAGCAUGCAGCCCAGCCAGGCCUCUCUGGUGGCGGGGCCGGAGUCCGUGCGGGACUACCCGCCCUCGGGCCUCGCUGUGACCACCUUCCUCCCCGGGGAGGGGGGGCCGCCUCCUCCUCUUCCCCACCCUCACCAUGGGGGGACCCUAGGCAGGACGCUACCUCUGUCCCAGGGCCCUGGCAGCAACACGCUGCCCCUGCACCACCCGCUCAGCAGCACCAGCCUCAGCGGCACCAUGCAGUGCAAACACAGGGCCCCCAACGGGGGGCUCUUCCGGCAGAGCCCUGGCAAGACACCCAUGCCAAUGUCCUACCAGGCAGUCUCCGCAGGACCCAUACCCGAAGCCAUUGAGGCCACCCACAGUACAUCCAUAUAGUGUUCAGGGGGACGGGGGGGGCGGGACAGGGCGGGGUCAAACUGCUACGAUAAGUCACUCUCUGGACUUUGGUGUGGUUCUGGAUGUGAGGCGGGGCGGGGAUCUCUAGAGGAAAAUUAUUAUAGAAGGAAAAAAAACAUAUGUACAAAGUAAAAAGAUUUUGUAUCUCACUACCUGUUCAGAAAAGCCGAUGUUACAGAAAAAAAAAAAAAGAGGCGGGGCUGCGGGCGGGUUGGCGGGUGUAAUUUUUCUCUUGUACAUAUCUGUAAAUACCAAGAGAACGAAGUGAGGUUAAAGUGUAUUUUGAAUAUUCUCAAUUUUUGAAGUUGAGUUAUAAAAAACAAACAAAACGAGAUAAAAAAAAAUAUAUAUAUACAUUGAUGAAAAAGUUAUGACUGUUUGAAUGGCUUUGUAAAUUUUGUUCAAUAUGAAACAAUGACGCGAAAUUCAUUGUGAUUGUUUUCUAAGUGCCGAAAUUAAACGAUGUCUCUCCACAACUCAUCGAUGUAAACGACUACCCAUGAUGCACCGCUGUAGGGACAUUUUAGUGUUGGACACCUACUGUUAUGCACCUCUGUACCAACCCUAUAUAUAUCUUCAGCAUCGGACGAAAAUGAUCACAGAUUUUUUUUUCAUUUGUAUUGAAUAUAUAAUAUACAUUGUUUUUUCAAAUCAAAAGUCUACAUUCAUUUUCUUACGUUGACUGUAAAUGGUGUAUUGUUCAACAGCGGGGGGAAAACAAGUGGAUUUUUAUCUGGUUCAUAUUUUACACACAGCUGAGUGGUUUGUUUUUAUAGUACCUUUUUAUUUGGCAUCAGUACUGUCCAGGUGAGGAGUUUCGGUUUGUAAAGGGAGGAGAGACGGAGGGAGGAGAGACUGUUGGGCUGCAACCACACCGACUGUACGGGGAAUAUGUUCAGCUGUCUGGUUCCAACACUAAAAGUGAAUCACGCAACAUCGGCCUCUUUAAAGAAGACAAAAUGGAGAUGUUCUGGUCCAGGAUGUCAGUUUACAGCCGUUAUUCUUUGACUCAAAAACAUCUUUACACAAUAAGGAUCACGACUCUCUGAUGGUGUUAUCGAUCCAAACAGCUGUACGCUCUGUCAACACAAACACAAACAGAGCCGCAGGGUUGGGUACCAUGAACUGAAUCAAGAGGCGAUCCAAAUUUAACAGAGCUACGUUGCUCUGGAGACGGUCCGUCCGUCAGUCCAGGUUCAAUAUUUCAGCAGUUAUUGGACAGAUUGCCAUUAAAUAUUGUACAAACAUUUAUGAUUGAUGAUCUCCCGAGUCUUGCGGUAACAACACUAGCAGAUUUCAGUUACCGACCACGACCGCUGAGGAUGAAAAACAAAGUUUGGAUUCUCUGCUUUCAUCCGUCUCACAUUUAAACUCUCCUUUAUAACGAGCCAUUAGCCUCUCAGAGCAGCUUCAUGGUUCAGUGCCACUGCUAGAUUCCUGAACGUUGGACCCAAAAUGCAGCGAGUAACGCAGUGAAGCUUCAUCCAGAUUUUUCUUGCUAAAAUAUUCUUCACCAGUUCUCAGUACACAUCCUGAUAAGAGCAUCAGUCCACAAUUCAUUUUGAUCUUUCUGCUUUCAUAUUGACAGAAUGAGUCUGGACUGUUGACUGACCGGAGCGCUCGUCAAAGUGACCACAUUUACGUGCACAAAAAAUUCCAGCUUUUUGCUCUUACUCCGAAAAAGUCAAUGCUGUUAACGUGGCUACUGAUAAUAAUAUUCCUGUUCACAUGCAGCCGUGAACACUCUGAUUAACGUGCCCUGACGUGACUUGUAUCAAAUUUGGAAUAAUAGUUAAACAUUAGUGUGCAUGUAAACGCAGUCAAGAAAUGCACGAAACACGGUCAAGUAGGAAAAACUGAAUUUGGUGAAAACCACGUCUUUCUUUGACAUCGAACGACUCACACCAACAUCCACAACAAAACACACCAAUCACCCCAGUCUCACUCUGAAGUCGUCGAAUACCGGUGCUUGGUCAGCAUCAGACACCGACGAAAAACCAGUCCAUGACCAAACGUCGAUAUGUGACGAGGUCGGAGUGACAAUGUGUUGCACCAAUGCAGCAAUUUCAAAGAACUUCACCCAUAAUCCCCGGUAGGGCUGCAAAAUGGUCAAGUGCAGUAAAAUGUGUCACAACAAACAACUGAAAAUGAAACACUGUGGUGCCACAGAGACACAACGACCUACAAAUCAUAUUCUAGACGUGCUUGUUUGGUACCGACCCCAGCAAAAAUUACAUCAUUAUCAUUUUCAGUUUUUUUCAGUGGAAAUUAAAUGUAAAAAUUGCCAUUACCUCUAAAUCUCGACCUGCAUCGAGCCAUUUCCAGUACCUGGUUGCUGUUACGUUCUUAUGUGCAGUACAUGUAAAGUCAAUAUAAAGACAUGAUUAGACGUGAAUUCCCGUCAGGCGUCAAAAUGGACACAACGUGACAUACGUGAGUGAAGCAAAUAGCGCAAUUUCGCAUCAUACGCUUAGUCACGAGAGUUGAAAAAUCUCUUCAGCGACAGAUUUGUGCUGCGAUAGCCAAUCAGCACUGAGAUCGUCCAGGGACGUAUGAUGCUGAGGACGUACCAGCGGAAGUUCAUUCAUCGAUUCCACGCAUGUAUGACGCUAGUCAACAAAAAAAUAUUCUAGUGUUCUAACUCGCGUGACCAACUCUGCACACUUCCUGUAAGAGGAGCGUUGCGUUUUCAGUUUUGGGCCGGAUGAAGUUGAGACAAACUGAGGAGGAACAGUCGGUGGUGUGUGAACGCAGCCCAACAUUCUCUGACCUUUUUGUUUGUUGUAUUUAACCUGAAGAAAAAAGUCUCGUAGGAGGAUCUAUCAGCUAUAUAGAUAUGUCUUUACUUUUUUAUACUAGAGAAUUUAAUGUCAAACACUUGUAUACAGGUUUUUUUCUCCUGCAAAGCAGUGCAGUUAUUUUAGUCAGACAGAGAGAGUGACAGAGAGAGGCCUCAUAUUCCCACAAGUCAUUCCUAAUGAGAUCCAUUAUCACCUGCAGGGAUGACAGAGGGCGUCAUUAUCCAAAGUGCAAUCAGAGGCUGGUGAUGACGGUAGAGAUUCUGCAGGUGCCAUACCUCAACUGCUUGUAAUAUAAAGAGGGAUCUGAUUAUGUUUGCUAAACACAAGAUUGUUUUUCUCUAUGGAAUACUAUAAGAUGAACCUUUAUGGAAAACUAUUUUGAACAGGAAAUAUAAAACCGCACACUCCCUCCUUCUUCUGCUGUCAUAAGUGCGAUUAAUGUGCAUUUAUGGGCCUAAUGAGUUUAGUUUUCAUUUGUCGGCUGUUUGGAAACACGUCGAUCACACGCAGUUUUCAGAAAGUGAAGAGCAGCUUUAAACGAAGCAGCUCGCCUUUCGACGGUUUUAUUUCGAAAAGUGUGACAUGUUUGUGUGCGGAGGAAACAGAGGGAGCUUAACUUGACAGAAUGAAGGGCUUCAUUCCUUAAAUUCAUCUUGUAGACGGGACAUAAGGUCUUAUUAUAGAUGAGACACUGGUGAUCAGACAGAAGGUAAACAUGAUGUUUGACAGAUUUCCAUCAGAAGUCUUUCCUUUUAACAUUUAAAAUUCAACUGCCAAUGCCAACUGACUCUGUCCCAAAUUACAUCUUUAUUCUUAACAGUAUAAAAAACAAUAAUUAAAACUGUAUUGCCAGACAUCGAUAUUGGAUGAUUCUGCAAAACCGUGAGAUGCUCAAUGACGGCUUUUAUGUCUGAUGCCAACAUUUUUAUAUUCGCCACUUUCUACAAUACCUGCACACGGCAGCCACAGUGACGUUAACGUCAGGAAAAGAUUGUGGUUAUAGUUAAGGAAUGUUUAAAGUUUGGCGACUAAACAGACUCGGUUAGGGUUAGCCUGGUCAGUGGUCUCAACGCUCAAUCGAUUACUUUGUGAUUCCGUCACAUGACAUUUCCUACACAAGAAGAAAACUGAUAACCAGUGAAACAAUCACUCAAAUCAAAUAUUUUCUCAGACAGACACAAAGGCAACAACAGACCGAAUCACCACGUGAUUUACAAUAACUUCCAGAAAGAAAACGUACAUAAAACGUCACGUACAUAAAAUGAAAUGGUGCUGAGCAAACGCAGCCUCAGUGAGUUUGUUUGUAGCCACCUAAGAAUAUCAGUAUCAGUUUAACAGUUCACUGUAUUUAGAAUAUUUUCAUUGCUUUACCUUUCUGACAGAAAGACCUUCCUGACAGGGGACUAAAGUCGUUAUCUUAAAGACACCUGACUCCAUUGACAACUACAAUCUUUGUCACAAUUAGCAUAUGAAUUCUUUAGUUAUCGGCAAAAACAUGUUUUGUGAGGUCACAGUGACCUUUGACCACCUAAUUCUAAUUAAUUCACCAUUGAGUCCAAGUGGACGUUUGUGCCAAAUUUGAAGAAACUCCCUCAAGGAGGUUUUGAGGUAUCGCAUUAAUGAGAAUGAGAUGGAUACAAGGUCAUGGUGACCUUGACCUAUGACCACCAAAUUCUAAUCAGUUCAUUCUUUGACUCAAAGUGGACAUUUGUGCCAAAUUUGAAGAAUUUCCCUCAAGGCAGUCUUGAGAUAUCAUGUUGCAAUAAAAGAGAUAGACCGGGUCACACUGACCUCUGACCACCAAAAUCGAAUGAGUUCAUUGUUAAGUUUAAGUUAACGUUUGUGCCAAAUUUUGAGAAAUUCCUUAAAGGUGUUAUUGAGGUAUCGCAUUUAUGAGAAUGACACAAACACAGUCACAGUUACCUUAGACCUCUGAACACCAAAAUCUUAACUUCAUCGUUAAGUUCGAGUGAACGUUUGUGCCAAAUUUGAAGAGAUCUCCUCAACGUGCUCUUGAGAUAUCACGUUCACCAGAGUAGGAUGGAGAGACAGAUAGAUAGCCCGUAAACACAAUGCCUCCGGCCACUGCUAUCGCCAGCAAGGAGGCAGUUUCUUUAAUUCACAGAACGCUGAGUUUCUGGUCUACUGCUGUCUCCAUCAGUUGCUGUGUGACAUAAAGCAGGACAACAUUCAAAAUACAGUGAGCAAUUAAACUGAUAAUUUUUUGGGUGGCUAAAACAGGUUUUGCUGCGGACCCGCCCACAACGCCACUUUGUUUAGCCUCUGUGUUGGCUUAUCAAUUACGCUAGCAAAGAAACACAGGACAUAAAUAAGCACAGCAGAAACGUCAGAUCAUUCAGACCACUGUGUUUAACGUAAAUCUUUAAAUGUUACAGUUACAGCUAAAAAUGACAUCAGAUAUAAAUGAAUUUGGUGAAUUGCCAGCUGUCUACCUGGAAGUGAUCGGUGUUGUUGUUGUUAGCAUGACCUCACAGUGAUUCAGUGUUUACUUCCUGCGUUAGCAUCAAGCCUUGGCAUUGGACGCAAGUCAUUAGCGCUGAAUUGUCCAAUAUGGAGUUAACUCUUAAGGACGCUGCACCAGUUCCCUUAAAGCAUAAAACCAGUUCAGCCUGUUGAUUCGAGGACCAACACACUUCUCCUGGUGCAUUAACUCUUUGUGCUAAAACCUGUUAGAGAAGGUUUUAAUGUGAGAACUGUGGAGACAGAUGUUCAACAUGUCAUCUCUUCCUGUCACUCGCAGAAAUGACUCAUAAUUGACUUUUCUCUGUUCAGAAUAGACGACACUUCUGCCAAACGUUCUGUUCCCGUGUGAAUACAGAUUCUCCAGUUACAUGAAAUAAACUCUACCAUGUUGUUUCACUCUGUGUGGAGAGCUCAGACUGUCUGCCGCAUCAUCUGAACUCUACAUGGAUGUUUUCUAACUGUGGCAGUAGUCGCUCUUGUGAACCAACUUGCUUUCACACUGUGCUCCACAACACGACAGACAGAUGGACGGACGGACUGUGAGGACCCGGAAGUCAUUAGGAUUGGUCAGCGGACAGGAAGUGUGUGAGCUGGGGCGGCUCCGUGUGUCACCCCUUUACGUUAAAACUCCAGCGCCCGUCAGAAGAUAGAAACAUGAACUGUCAUAGCAUAUAGUCUGUCACAGUCCAUCUGAGGGAGACCCUUAUUUUAUUUAUGAAUA